AUGAAGUUGGUUAGAAAAAGGUACUUUAGCUGGCUAAAGUUGCUGAUGCUGCUUGGGCAUGGUGUCUUAAACCAUGUCCCCGCGUUGUCAUCUAAGAUAGCUGGGAAUUAUGUGCACCAGAACCAUUUUUCUAGCUUGAGGAAUGUCAUGUUCCAUUCGUAUGUAUCGAUGUGGCUAUCUGGGUUAGUAGUGUCAUCAUAUGUCUUAUGGUGGGGUAGUUUGGCGGUGUUAGGGAUUUUAUAUUCUAGGAGCUCUUUGACGAAUGGCGAUGUGACACUUCGUAAUAGGCCAUGGGUAUCUGCUGGUGGGCCAUGGGUAUGUGCUGUUGGGCCAUGGAUAUUUGCUGUUGGGCCAUGGGUAUCUGCUGGUAAGGCGCGAGUGGUGAUGUUGACGCGGUGCCCGCCAUCAAUGAUGGGUGAUUCUAUGGUUGUGAUGUAG